UCAUUGUCCUCAAUAACCUCAAAAAAUUUUUUUGGCCAUUUUGACAUAAUUAAGUGGAGAUGUGGCUUAUAUAGCAUUGUGCAGCUAGUGUAUAGGCAUAUCCUAUGCAUUUCACUUUGUGUUCUACCUGUAUUAUACUUUUAUGCUUUGCGAUGUGACCUAUAUUGUGGCGUAUCUGUGUGGCUUGUUGCAGCGGCGGUUGUGAUAGUACUUCCUGCAGCGGGAAUAGUGCGGCACACUGUGGUUGGUGGCAGCAUCGAUUUCAGCAGCGUUUUGUGUAUAAUCAACUGUAGCGUCGUAUACUAG